CCUGACCUGUGCAGAGUGGCUGCAGGAUGCGGGAUGUUUGUGUCUCCUCCGUGAAGAGGAGGGCAGAGCGCUCUGACUGACGUCAGCUUGUUUCGUGCGGACGGACAAUGAGCAGCUGUGUGUUCAAAUGUGCAGAAUAAAGCCGGGCCUGAAAUCUGCUGCUGCUGCUGCUGCUGCAUCGACAGAGGAGAUGCGGCGCUGCUGCCGUUUCUGCAUGCUGCAUUUCUCGCUCAGGUCGUCUUAAAAAAUGGAGGCCAAACAUCUCGGCUCCUCUGGAGAACAUCUGGACCGCUUCGUCCGGGACCGAGACUCGUCGGUGGUGAACAAGUUCCAGAAGAAGUUCUGGAAAACCAAGCAGACGCUGAUCAGAGUCACGGGGAAGAAAGAGGAUGAGCACGUUGUGGCGUCAGACGCCGUCCUGGACGCCAAGCUGGAGGUCUUCCACUCCAUCCAGAGAACAUGCAUGGAGCUGCUGAAGGUCAUAGAGCGAUACCAGAGGAGGAUCUGCUUCCUCUCUCAGGAGGAAAACGAUUUGGGUCGAUUCCUUCGCCUCCAGGGGUCGCAGGACAAAAGCCGCGCUGGGAAGAUCAUGCAGGCGACAGGGAAAGCUCUCUGCUUCUCCUCCCAGCAGAGGCUGGCUCUGAGGAAACCUCUGUGCCGCCUGUACCAGGAGAUCGAGACUUUCCGUUACCGGGCCAUCUCCGACACGUGGCUGACGGUGAAUCGGAUGGAGCAGUGUCGGACCGAGUACCGCGGAGCCUUGCUCUGGAUGAAGGACGUCUCUCAGGAGCUCGAUCCAGACACGCACAAACAGAUGGAGAAAUUUCGCAAGGUUCAGGCUCAGGUUCGGACGACUAAAAGCAGCUUCGACAAGUUAAAGAGCGACGUCUGCCAGAAGGUUGACCUGCUGGGGGCGAGCCGCUGCAACCUCCUCUCACACAUCCUGACCACAUACCAGACGACUCUUUUGCACUUCUGGGGGAAAACGUCUCACACCAUGGCGGCCAUACACGAAAGCUUCAAGGGCUGCCAGCAGAAUGAGGACUCCACGGACAAAAAGACAGGGAAGGAAACAUCGGAAAGGGAAACAGAGGAGAGAAGAAAUGAGACAACUAAUGACCAACUAAUCUCAUUAGGACAUGAAGAAAAAAGUGAAAAGAUGAGAGAAGAAUUGGAUGGUGAGGAGGACAGUCUGGCUCUGCUCAAUGAGAUCCUGGGCGGUUUGUUUGUGGACGAUUUUUCCCAGGAAUGGACCAAAGGGUCUGGAGACACGGCGGUGAGCGCCGGUCCGCCCGACACCCAGCAGCAGGAAAACUCCUUCUUUUUGCCGUCGCAGCUUUUGGACCAAAGCUUGAACAAGUCUUCUGCCUCAGACUGGACCGGGAUUGUCCCACAGCCAGAAUCAUCACCUGGAUCUGGACAGAACCCCCUAAAGCCAGCGGUGAAAGAAACAAGCGGACCAUCCAAAGAUCUGUCAGCCUGGUUCGACCUGUUCGCUGACCUGGACCCUCUCUCCAAUCCAGAUGCAAUCGGAGCAGCCAGCAGAGAAAACGAGCUUCACACUGCAUAGUUCGUCCUGAACGACAUCCAUUUGUUUUGGCUUCAGCUGCAAACUGUUCCCAGUACGAUGAUGAUCAUCAGAGGCUGGAAGACUGGAUUUUUAAACUUCCUCCAAACGGCAAAAGAAACUAACGCACAAUCAAUCAAUUAGAUUCUUUUGAUUUUGAAUUAUACAGAAGUCAAAUCAACAAUUGGAUGUUACUACUGGUAGAAACCACAAAGAAGACAGGAAGUAAAAUGAGGAAGAUGGCACAGCAUUUGUUUAAAUUACUUACUGUGUGAACAAAACUUGUUCAAACCUGAUUUAAUGGCAUUUAUUUAAUAGAAAUGGCAAAAUUGUCUUUUUUUAUAUUAGCAAAAUAUUAAAGUUUUGCGCACAUUUGUAGCACAGGAGGAAUAUUCCUCAUAAAAAAUUAACCCCCUUUGUCGAAACACUUAACUAUAGAUGAAAUUCUGCAAUUAUUCUUCAAUUAAAAAUGUUUCUGUAAUCUAAUUAAAAUUAAACAUUAAUUUGAGUUUUAAUUUGUAUAACGUCCAAGAAAUAAAAGAAGUGUUGAUUUGAUUGUGGAAUAUUGUCAUCUAAAGGUGAAAAAAUUUAAAAAUUAACAAAAAAAGACUCAGCUACUGAAACUUUUAGCAAAAAGAAGUGAGAAAAUCCAGCCUUCAGCAGAACUCUGCUGUAUUUUACAGCUGUAAAAGUUGAAACUGGUCACAGAACGUUGGUAUUUUAAUUCUUCUUAACCAUCAUUACGAAAGUUUAACUUUAGCAAUUGUUUGGAGAUUUUAAUCUAGAUUUAAACCUGAUGGAAUAUUUAGAAAGUGGUCAAGUUAAAUUUUAAUUUACGUUUCACAAGGAAUUUUAUUCAAACAGCGACUCAUGUUGCUAUCAGAUGCAAAAUGCACAUCUGUUAUAGUUUGUUUUGUAAACUUGAUUUCAAGAGUCUCUUAAUUAAGAGUCGUGGAAAUCAGACGUUUCUUCCACUCACAGUUCAAGCUUUCAAUCAACAACUUAAAGGUUUUGCACUGAGUUUUUCUAAGACAUGCAGUUGGUGUUGAAACUGCUUCAUUUGAAGAGAUUCCCUCUGGAGUUACAUAAACUCAUUGCUGCAUGCUGUCGCUUUAGUUAUACUGUUGGUCAUCACUGCUUUGUUUCUUUUUCUAAAGUCUUUAGACGUUUGUAUUUUCCAGGGAUGCUCCUUGUGGGCAAUAUUCAGUUUUAAUUUUAUUUUUUGAGCCAAUAAAACACAAUAAGACACAAUAUACUAAAGCUGAUGAAAAUGCUGCAUCAACUAUAUAUAUAUGAGGAGGAAUGUCUUAAGACUGCCGUGUCAAACUCAUUCUCAUUAUGGGCCAUAUCAAAACCGUGAAUAAUUUGAAGGGCUGGUUGUGGCAAAAUAUGUAAGUAAAACUGUUAAAAUAUUCACACUGA